GGUCGGUGCUGCACUGAGGGAGUGUCUCCCGCUGGAUUGGAGAGCGUUUCUCCGGGAGAGGAGGCCGGGCAGAGCGAGCUGAUGAACGAGGACAUCCGGAUCCAUUCCUGGCCUUGCUCCUACUACCUGGACACCAGCAAACAAUGGAUCCCUGGGAAGCUCUCCCUGACUCCCACUUCCAUCAGAUUCACGGCUGACAAAACGGGAGAGCUCCUGGUGGAUUUCCAUCUUUCCGGGAUCAGCGAGAUCAAGAAGGAAUCUUCCCAUUUAAUCUUCAGCUCCCUCACCGUCCUGGAGAAGGGCACCAAGCACUGGUUCAGCUCCCUGCAUCCCAACAGGAAUGUGGUGUUCAACAUCCUGGAGCAUUUCUGGAGGGAGCAGCUGGUGUCCAGCCAGGAGGCCGGAGCGGGAGCGGCCUCGGAGUCCAGCAAGGGCAGGGAAUUAACAGGAAUGUUGGAGGGAUCCCAGAAACGCCUGGAGGACACGGCCAAGGCUGUUGACAGAGCUGGAAUCCCCCUCCUGGUGGCCCUUCAGCACCAAACUCUGGAAAACGCCUGUGGAAGCGAAGCCCAAGGAAACCCCCGCGGCUCCGGAUGCCAGAAGCCAGGAGGGAAUCCUGCUGCGAAUCCCCGUGAUCAUCACGCACAGGACAGAUUCCAGCGCCAAACCCGGCAAACUCACGGUGCUUCCCUCGGGCCUGGAGAUCCAGGAUUGCAAUUCCCAGCUCCUGCACCGCUUCGAGGCGCGCGACGUGGACGACAUCUGGGUGCACACUCCCUACGAGAUCAGCGUGCGGCAGAGGUUCAUCGGCAAACCCGACACCUCCUUCCGGCUCCUGGCCGCGCGCAUGCCCGAGGCCAUCCCCAUCCUCGAGAUGCAGUUCAGCAAGAAAAUCCAGUUCUUGGAGGAUGCUCUUGGAUUUGCCGGAGCCAGGAAGUCCCCUCAGGCGGAUCUGGGGACAUCCAUCUGGCAGGCAGCCACGGGAUUGCUGGGAGCCGCGAUGAAUCCCGGAUCGCCGGCGGGAAGCGCCGAAGGGCCGGACAAGGAGCAGGUGCAGCUGCAGAAAGUAUCCCAGGAGGAAGCCAAGGAGCUCCGACAGAUCCUGAAGAAGCUCAAGGGCCUGGCCCUGGAGACAGAAGCGGAGCUGGAGCGGCAGGACGAGGCCCUGGAUUCCAUCGGCAGCUCCGUGGAUCGCGCCACGCUCACCAUCGAGCGGCAGAACCGCAGGAUGAGGAAGCUGACGUAGCUUCCCGGCCGGAGCGGGAGGGCGGGGGAGCCGGCAUGUUCGGGACUGGUUUUUCCAGAGACACUUUGGGAGGGGUUUGGGAUGAGGUUUGGAAAAUGGCGCUGCUGGGGGUGAGCUCCUGAGAGGAUUGAAGCGGUUCCUGGACUUGGGUGAUGGUUGGAUCUUGGGUGAUGGUUGGAUCUUGGACAGUGUUUGGAUCUUAGAUGAUGGUUGGAUCUUGGAUGGUUGGAUCUUGGAUAAUGAUUGGACCUUGGAUCAUGGUCGGAUCUUGGACAAGGUUUGGAUCUUGGAUAGUGUUUGGACCUUGGAUCACGGUUGGAUGAGGUUUGGAUCUUGGACAGUGUUUGUAUUUUGGAUGGCAGUUGGAUCUUGGAUGAGGUUUGGAUGUUGGAUAAUGGUUGGAUCUUGGAUGGUUGGAUCUUAGAUGAGGGCACUGGGUCACGUUUGGAUCUUGGAUGAUGGUUGGAUGUUGGAUGAGGGUUGGAUCUUGGAUGGUUGGAUCUUAGAUGAGGGUUGGAUCUUGGAUAAGGUUUGGCUCUUGGACAGUGUUUGAACCUUGGAUCACAGCUGGACCUUGGAUCACUGUUUGGAUCUUGAAUGAGGGUUGGAUCUUGGACAGUCUUUGGAUCUUGGACCAUGGUUGGAUCUUGGAUAGUUGGAUCUUGGAUGAUGGUUGGACCUUGGACAGUGUUUGGAUGUUGGAUGAUGGUUGAAUCUUGGAUGAAGUUUGGAUCUUGGACAGUGUUUGGAUUUUGAAUGAUGUUUGGAUCUUGGAUGGCAGUUGGAUCUUGGUUGAGGGCUUUGGAUCAUGUUUGGGUCUUGGAUGAUGGUUGGAUCUUGGGUGAUGGUUGGAUCUUGGAUGAGGUUUGGAUCUUGGACAGUGUUUAUGUCUUGGAUGAUGGUUGGACCUUGGGUGGUUGGAUCUUGGAUAAUGAUUGGAUUUUGGACAAUAGUUGGACCUUGGAUGGUUGGACCUUGGAUAACGUUUGCAUCUUGGAUAAGGUUUGCAUGUUGGAUGACGGCUGGAUCUUGGAUCCUGGUUGGAUCGCGCGUGAUGGUUGGACCUUGGAACAGUGUUUGAAUUUUGGAUGGUGGCUGGACCUUGGAUCACGAUUGGACCUUGGAUGGUAGUUGGACCUUGGGUGAGGUUCAGAUCUUGGAUGAAGUUUGGAAGCUUUUUUUGGAUGAAAAGAUCCAAAUUUCCAGUUGGGAUGAAACAGAACUCGUGGGUUCUCCACGGCCAAACGCUGUAAAUAGGAAGGGAUGUGACAAAACCUGACUUAAUUCAUUCAUUAAUUCAUUCAUUCAUGUGCUUUUUCAUUUUGCUGCUUUCCAAUCCAUGAAUUCCCUCUCCAGCUCUUUCCCUGAAACCCUUUGGACCUGAUCCUGACUUUUUUGAUUUAUUUGCACUCAGUGGUGAUGAAACAUUUCAAGGUUUUUCCAGAAUUCCUAAAAGAAAAAAGGGAAUAUUUUCAAUUGAAGUCUGAAGUUUACACUUGGCUCUGUUGAUUGCAGAGAUUCCCCUCCUAAAUUUUUGAUAUUCCAUAGGAAAAAAAUUCCCAUUUCAUCAAUCCCUACCUUUUCCAGCUCUUUUACCUCCAAGGAGCUGCUGUUAAAUGUUUUUUUUUAAGUUAUUUUUUUAGAUUUUGAUUUAAAUAUUUUUGGUGUCGCUUUCAAAUCCGACACUUUCAGUGCAAUAUUUUCAAACAGUGAAGCUUCAAAUCCUUGGAUUCCGUGGGAAUUUUUCCCAGUUUUUUUUUUGGAAUCCAGCCUAAUUUUGGGAGAAAAAGACCCCGAAACAUGUCGAGGGUGUUGUUUGCAAGGUUUGUAUUCCUUCAGCUUAGUUAGGACUGGAGUAAAAUUUAUUCCAAGUUUUUCCUGGCAUGCACUUUAUUGGAAAAUCUGGUGAUAAUUCCAUAUCCAUCAGUUAUUUCCUGGGAAUAAAAUCCUCCUGGAGUUUCUGCUGUUGUUUCCCACCCCAAAUCGCUGCUGGUGUACCGUGAGAGGAAAAGGAACGUCCUGCACCUCAUUUUUCCGUGGAUUUCCAAGUGAAUUUCGCGCCAAAUCCGUGUUUGUUGCGGCUGGGAUGGGAUCUGGGGGUGGAUUGAGUCCAACCCAGAAUUCCCAAAAGGAAAUCUUUUGGAUUUGAGUGGUUUUGGGGCGUUCUUUGUGCCAUAUUUUUUAUUGUCGUGUGGUUUUAGCACCGACUCCGUAUUUUGUGGGUUGUGUUGAGUCCAACAUAUCCCAAAAACCUCGGAAUAUUCCUUGGGAAACCCGUCCUGGAGCUGUACAUUGGCUGAAUUCCAUGUGCCAGAAGGAUUUUCCACCUGUAAUUCCUUCGUAUUAAAUCUCUUGGAA